AUGUUUUCUCACCAGUCUCCCUCGUCUCAGCAAACAUCACGGCAGCGCAGAUAUCCAGUUAGUUGGUUUAUGUCGGUUUUUGUUCAGACGACGACGAGGGGAAAUUUUUUGAUCGCCGACCAACGGAGGAUUACUGACGGAUUACACUGACCAUCAAAUCCCAUUACUUUAUCGCCAUUCUGGUCAAUCUCCGCCGCCUAAUUCACUGUAUAAACAGCCGGUACGCUGACACACACACUGAGUGACCAUCUUCAUCGUCAGCAACUGAUCGGAAGUGAAGCAUUUUGGAGGAGAAAGUCUGAUUUUGAUUUACCAGCCGGCAAACUGGUUUUCCCACAUUUCCAUCCGCCAUUAACAGCAUCGUUUUGCACCCUUCAAUCAGCAGCAGCCGCCGCGGUGGACUGCCGGCUUUUUUAAGGAAACUGCUCGACCAGAAAUAACGGACCAAUGGCCUAUCUCAGCUUUUUGAUGUCCCGCACGGGAAUUCUCAAGUUACUGGAGACGAUUAUCGGGAUCGUGGUUAUCGCCAUCGUCUCGCAGUAUGGCAUCCACGUCUUCCACUAUCCCGACAUGAUCCCCGCCAGUUCCUUCCUGUUGGGCGUGGCCGCCGGUGGUUUGAUUGUCUCCUUUAUCGAACUGGUCACUUUCUUCUACGACGAUGAUACACGCUAUGCAGUGCGCAAAAGUCUUUUUGAAGUGAUGUUCUGUUGCGUAAUGUGCGCGCUAUACUUAGCGGCGGCCUGCACCAUGGUCUACUUUGUACACGUACGGGCCCGACUGCACUACGAGACCACCAAUCACGAAUUCGACAUUUAUCCGGGAUGCAUUGCGGCAACGGUUUUCGCUUUCAUAAACAUGCUGCUGUAUUUGAUCGAUACAAUUUUGGCCUAUUCGGACAUGAAAGCCACAGUGGCCGGUGGACCGCGAUAUUUCGAGACGGUGGUCUACAAAUAAUUGUUAUCCUGAUAAAGCUGCCUCCUGCAGUUCCCGUUUCCUUUACGUGCUUUUAUAACUGUUAAUUGUCUUCCUCACUUUCCUGCUAAAAGUACUAAUGAAACGCCACUACCAUAACUUGAAUAAUGAGUGGCAGGCGCGUGAUUUAAGAUUGCCAAAUGUCCUGUAUGAUUGUAUCGUCUAACAAUCACAUGGAACAUUUUCUAGAUUGUUCCGGACUUUUGCAAGGCCACAUGAGAAUUUUGAUAUUCCCGUUUCAGUGUGCGCUAAUUUACUUCUGGCAUUACGGAACUAUUACUGCGGUUUAUCAGUAACAUUUUUGAAAGCUCGUAUUCGAAAACGAAACACA